AUGGCAGCGACAGACGCGACACAGACGCCGGACGUGGACUACGUGCUCGUGGACUUCGAGCCACUGCACAAGCAGCGCUGGCGCAGCGACACCGUGCGGCUCGUGUGCGUGCAGUUCCCGCCGCACACGCAGAGUCUGUGGCACAAGCACCUCAACUACGGCAUCUACGUGGUCAUGGCGCCGCUCAGCGUGACGGAGCAGCCGCACGGCCAGGAGCCGCGCCCGCUCGUGCAGGACAAGGGCUCCGUCUUCUGCCGCGACCACACCAAGGACAAGCUGCUGCACGUCAUCACGAGCCACGAGACGCCGCUCUUCAUCGUGGAGGUGGAGCUGCUCAAGAAGAAGGAGGACGUGGUGGCGCACGACCACGUGACGCCGCACGCCGCC